GCAAGAUACAUAUAUAGAGAGAGAUGGCUCCUACGUACACGAUGGCCGGAGGCAAGGGUCCAAACAGCUAUAGUCAGCACUCAACGUAUCAGAGAGCGUUACUUGAAGUCGCAAAGGAAAAGAUCAAUGAAGCUAUCUCGACCAAACUCGAAGUCAACUCAGCUUCCAAUCGCUUUAACAUAGCGGAUUUUGGUUGUUCCACUGGACCUAAUACUUUUCUUGCCGUACAAAACAUAAUAGAUGCUGUGGAAGAGAAGUAUCGCAAGGAAACUCAGCAAAAUCCGGAUGACAACAUUGAGUUCCAAGUCCUCUUUAACGACCACUUGAAGAAUGAUUUCAACACUCUUUUCCAAACACUCCCUCCGACCAAGAAGUACUUUGUUGCUGGAGUUCCGGGUUCUUUCUUUGGCCGUGUUCUACCUCGAGACAGUCUCCAUGUGGGACAUUGUUCUUACUCACUUCACUGGUUGUCCCAAGUUCCUAAAGGGAUCGCGGAUCGUAACUCUCCAGCGUGGAACAAGGACAUUCAUUGCACUGGAUUCUCGGAAGAGGUGGCGGAAGCGUACCAGCAUCAGUUCAAGAUCGACAUGGGAAGUUUCUUGAGAGCAAGAGAAGCAGAACUUGUCUCCGGGGGUUUGCUAUUUCUUCUUGGAUCAUGUCUACCUGAUGGAAUUAAAAUGUCUGAAACAAUGAAAGGAAUGCUUCUAGAUUUCAUGGGAAAUUGUCUCCAUGAUGUAGCUAAAGAGGGGUUAAUCGACCAAGAGGAGCUAGACUCUCUCAAUUUCCCAAUCUACCCGGCACAUGUUGCGGAAUUCAAGAGUGUCAUUGAGGACAAUGGGUGUUUCACUAUAGAAGCGUUUGAGAGAAUAAGUCAUGCGAAUGAAGAACUUCCCUUAGACUCAGAGUUCUUAGUAACCUCAAACAAAGUUACAUUUGGAGGAAUUCUUGAGUCGCGGUUUGGUAAAGAAGCAAUGGACAAGACAAUGGAGCGUAUUGAGGAGAAGUGUCAAGAUAUACUUCCACAGCUUGCGAAUGCCAAAUCCGGAAUGCAAUAUUUCAUAAUGCUUCGAAAGAAAUGAUUCCUAUCAAAUAAAAUAUUGGUGAUGUUUGUUGAUGGCGUUCAGAAUUUCUGUUGUUAAAAAAUAUACUGAGAUGCAACAAUGAGACCGAAUUAUUGUUGUCACUAGCUAGGGAUCGUCAAUUCCACACAAGUGCUGGUUUCUUCGGCUUUUUGUUUUGUAUUUGCCAUUUCGCUACCAAUUUAUAAUUUUGGUUUUGCUAUAUCAUUUUUAAAUCAUGCAGAUUGAAUGUAGUCCUUACUCGGUAUUAUCC